AUUAUCAUCAGCUCAAAAACAAAAGUACCAAAAGAUCCCCCCACCUGAUAACGGCUGUUUAUCUCGUCUUUUUACUUCUUGCCGAUUUAUAAAAUUCAUUGCUUUUCUAUAAACGCCACGUUAGUUUCUCAUUCACUUUCCCCUCACCAUCAGCCGCAAUCGCAACCGUUAUGGAGGUGGCGAGCCUGCAGCCUUCUACGAACGAGCAGCCCACCGUCGACACCAUGGAGAACUCGAUGGAUCUUGACAUGGAUCUUGACUUGGGUCCCCUGCCAGAUCCCGAGAACAUCGAAACACGUAACAUUGAGCAACCUUCGAUAAUCCAGGAGGGAGCCGUCGACCCGCAUACUGCCGAAGCGCAGCAUGAAAAAUUACAUGUCAGAGGCGUGGAUGAAUUGACUACGGACGAUAUCAAGCGAUUCGCUCUGGAACAUUUCUCGGCAGAAGAACCUAGUCGCAUUGAAUGGAUCGACGAUACAUCUGCAAACAUUGUCUAUUCAUCGGAGGAAGUUGGGUUACGGGCUCUUACUGCACUUACUCAAUUGGGAGAGGAGGACACAUCAUCAUUGCCAACAUUACGGCUCCGCACCGCCAAGUCCCUGUCUUCACACUCGGAGUCGGUCCUGCAAGUACGAUCUGCUGUGAAAACGGAUCGCAAGAAACCACGCGCCCAUGAAUCCAGUCGCUUCUACUUGAUGCACCCUGAGCACGACCCUCGAGAGAAGCUACGCCGCGAACUUGCUGAAAAGCGCAGGCAAGGAGGAUAUGAUGACAACGACGGGGACUACCGUCGGCUUCGAUUUGACGACCGCGAACAUCGUCGACGUCGCAAUAGGGGCGGGGAUGAUGAUUUCAAUGUGAAUAUGUACGAUGAUACGCCGACAAACAAUGAUCGUCGAGGCGAGUCAAGCGAGGGAUUCUCGGAUGCCGAAGAUCGACGCCGACCAAGGCGAGGAAGGCAUCAACAACGAGAGUUGUUUCCUGAGCAGGGGGCGGGAUCAGGAAGGCUUCGUGACCGAAGUGCAUCUCCAGGCCGAGAUGACCUCGAUGGCAUGCGACGAAGCGACGACGAGCAGCAGCAGAGUCGCAGGCGGUUUCGUGAGCGCUCACCCCGUUACAGCGGCGGUCAUGCGAAUGACAAGAGAGAACUGUUCCCUUCAGGUGGUGAUAGGGAUACAAGAGAGCUGUUUCCCAACAAAACCGCCGCAAACUACUUCAAGAAAGAACUUUUUCUUAACAAGACCAACAGUAACCAUCGUCGUUCAGAUGCGAUCGAUGCUGCUGAUGAAACAGCAGACUUGUUCGCGAGAGGAAUGAGUGUACCCUUAAUGGAUGGAGCGCAGGAAAGUGGCAGAGAGGAAAUUUACAUAAAAGGGGCUGCAAAUGACCAAGGCAUGGCUAUUCGCGGUCAAGCGGAUGGACUAUCAAUCAAGGGAAAUACCCAGAGCGUGAAGGAACUAUUCCCAAGCAAGUACAGUUCCAACGUGGGUAAAGAGCUUUUCUCGGACAAACUGGAGGGGAGAGGUGGUAGACGUCGUCGGGCUGAAGACAUGUUUUUAUGAGAUGAAAUGGGAUUUCACCUCUACUUGUUUGAACCAAGCUAAAUUUAUCUUUUUUAUUACGGAGGCGGGUCGGGUCGAUGCACAGAUAUCCCUCUUGGUUAUUUCUAUUUAUUGCAUUUAAACUAGCCGGGCUUGAUUGGGUGAAGGCGCAUGUCAUACAUACUACGAAACAAGGUCUCUUUACACAGAGGAUACUAUGAAAUCUAAUAACAAUUCAAAUCUC